AGGCUCGAGAAAGCAGACGUGUCCCUCACUGACAGUUUAGCUAGAACGAUGGAGGCAGACAGCACCGGGGGCAACAUGAGAGAAAAAGCAGAGGUGGAAAUGGAAAACCCGUUUGAACCUUACAUUGAAUCCCUCCGUCAGCAACUGGAGGACCAAGACCCUGUUUUCCUGAUAGGAGUCAUCGUCGCUUUGGCGGUUGUUGUCAUCACAUGUGUGUUUCUGAAGUACUUUCUCACAAGUAAAACUGUCCGGAGCGCUGUGCUGCUGGUUGGACUGUGUGACUCCGGGAAAACGCUUCUCUUCAGCCGGCUGCUGUCAGGAAAGUUCAAGCGGACGCAGACCUCCAUCACUGACAGCAGUGCUCCGUACAAAGCCAAAAACGACAGGGGGAGCACCUGGACUCUGAUCGACCUGCCGGGACAUGACAGUCUUCGCCCUCAGUACCUGGAGAAGUUCAAGUCUGCUGCCAGAGCGAUCGUGUUUGUAGUGGACAGCGCUAUCUUCCAGAAGGAAGUGAGAGACGUGGCAGAGUUCCUGUACGUCCUGUUGACAGACUCUGUGAUCUCCAGAAAUGCUCCAGCUCUCCUGGUGGCAUGCAACAAACAAGAUAUCACCAUGGCAAAAUCAGCUAAACUGAUUCAGCAGCAGCUGGAAAAGGAACUGAACACCUUGCGAGUGACUCGCUCAGCAGCUCUCAGCUCUCAGGAUGGCUCUGUGGGCGGCAAUCUGUAUCUGGGAAAGAAAGGAAAGGACUUCGAGUUCAGCCAGCUGCCCGUGAAGGUGGAGUUCCUGGAGUGCAGCGCCCGUGGCAGCAAGGGUGAGGAGGGGGACGCAGACAUUCAGAGCCUGGAGAAGAGCCUGGCUAAACUGUAAAAUGAGCAACUUGACAUCUUCAGAGGGCGCGGACCUCAGAUCAGAUCACCUCAACACCUGCCGUCACCUCAGUAAUCAAAGGAGGGAGGACAAAUGCAUCUCAGUGUGGGAUCUGUUUGGCAGGAGUGACCAGUCAAACGUGAUCCUGUCUGUGCUGAUGGUAAAUGUAAAUGAUAAUAUGAAUUUAAAAGGUGGAAAAAUGUUUGAGACAUACUGAGCAAAAAGACUGUGAAAGCCUGUAGCUGUUUCAGGUUGCUCUGCAGUGCUGAGAAAUGAUCAUGUGCUUCUUCACUGUCAGUCUUACUGUGAACAUCCUUAAACAGCUUUGUUUGGCUUGAUUAGAAAAUCUAUAGCUUGAAGAACAUUUGUUGUUUAUAAUUUCAAUUUAAAGAAAAAGUAUUAUCGGUUAUUUCACCAUGUUUAUCUUAAGUGUCUCAGCUAGUCUGCCCUGUGGAAACAGAGAGGUGCGAAUUGCAUUUAUUCAUUAGCUUGGACAGUCAGCCUUGUGCCUUUUUUCUCUGGUAUUCUUAUAGAAAAAGUGUUGUGCUUGUCUGCAGAAGAAAGAUGGUUUACUUGUGUGGAAGUAUAGUGUGAAUACAGUCCAUUUGCAAAGAAUGUAUGAAUUUCUUAUCAAGAACGAAAUGUUGUGUUUAUAGCUGUCUGGCUUGUUUAAAGAAAAGAAAACUGACAAUAUCAA